CACCCUUGUCCUAUCAUUACAUGCCCUUGUAAAAUGUCCCUCUCCAGCUUGUAGUUCCCUUUAGGUACUGGAAGUUGCUGUAAGGUGUGCCUAGAGCUUUCUGUUCCCCAUGCAGAACAAUCCCAACUCAGCCUUUCCUUGUAGGAUAGGUGUUCUAACCCUCUAAUCAUCUUGGUGGCCCUCUUCUGGACUCACUCCAACAAAAUCCUAAAAUACAAACUUACUCUUCUAUUAUUAUGUAUGUUUAUGCAUGUGUAGUAGAUGGUGACUCUUAAAAGCUCUUGUUUUCCUUGAAUAUUUUUCAAGGCAGACUUUUUUUUGCUUUGUUUUUGCAUUUUGCUUACUCAAAAUUGUAAUGAAUUGCAUAUAGGAAUUAAUUUCAGAACAAUAUGUUAUAAAAAGUAACUAUUUCAGUUAACACAUUGCUUAACCUCCCCUGUGAUGUCAUAUUUAGGUAUGCACUAAGGCUUUAGGAAAAAAAUUAGUUUGGAAUAUGCAACUGGUCAUACUGUUAUAAUUCAUAAAUCACCAUAUUGAUGCUCAUUUUUCAAGGGUGGAGAAAAGAGCUCCAUUCCUAUCUAGGAAGAAGAGGCCAGGAAAUUCAUGUGUGAAACGGGUGUCUGAUGGAUCGCUACAUUUCCCUGGGAGCAGCUGGUCAUGGUGGAACUAUCAGGAAUUAUUGAUUCAGACUUCUUAGAAAAAUGUGAAAACAAAUGCAAGAUUUUGGGAAUAGAGACAGAGAAGCCCAUUUUACAAGUGGACAGAUAUGUAUUUGCAGGAGAAUAUGAAGAUACCUUGGGAACCUGUGUGGUUUUUGAAGAAAACACAGAGCACGUAGAUGCGGAAGGCAACCAAAAAGUACAGCUGAAAUACAAGUGUCACACAGUGAAGAAGUUGAACAUGACACGGACCCUUCUGACAGAAAAGAAGGAAGGAGAAGAGAAUGUUGGUGGAGUGGAGUGGUUACAGAUCAAGGACAGAGAUUUUUCCUACAGCAGGCCUAAUAUGAUUUGCAGUUUUAUGCGUGAAAAGGAUGAUUCUGAGGAGUCAGGCCAGACCCAAGACAAAUUGACUGAAGAGUCAGAGGGAGAGGUGAGUGGUGAAGGAAAUUCUGACAUGAAUUGUGAUCUGGAGAAGCAGCACACCUUGGAAAUAGAUGCUUCUAUUCCUCUGCCUGAAAGCCCUGCUUCUGGGACAGAGGAAUCUCCUUCUGGAAAUACUGCCUUAGAGGAUGUCCCUUCAUGAUAUAAACUCUGAUUUUGUCAUGAUUUUUUCACGGAAUUAACAGGCCAACUUUUACAGGCUAUGACGUGAUUUCCACUUUAUCUGAGCAAUUAAUAAUGGAAAAACAGACAUUGUGUUCUUGUGCAUUGCUUUUGUGUUUGAAAUAUAGUGGGAAGGGCUGAAGUGUUUUUAAAAAACUGAUUUGAAAUGUAUGUAUCUCUACCUCAAACUUGAACAAGGGGAAAUGGUUACAUAAUUAAAAGAAACUCAUAACUUAGAAAAAUGUUGAUGUAUUGUACAGUCUGGAACAUUUUGUAAAAAUUAAAAAACAUCAUUAUUUAAAAUAAAGUCUUGAAUUUUUCAAAUAUA